AAAGCUUUAAGUUCUACAAGGAAGAAGAUAAAGUCUGCUUUGCUCUGAUGGUACCACAAACCUUUGGUUCAGUGUUGGGUGACAUUCUAAAAUAAUCACAAUCAUAUUGACCAGUUGCAUGAGGAGGAUAAAGGCCCUCAAAAUCAGGGCAAAGGAGGAACAAUGGAAGAAAUGGGAGAUACAGAUCUGGAAUAAGACCUUGGGUAGGUAGACCUGAUAGAAGUCAGGUAUCCGAAAAGUUAGAGGUCUAGGAGAGAUCAGACCUGUUUCUUCUCUGAAGCUCCACUGGGUAGAUCUCGGGGGUCCUAAGAGUGGAAGUUCAGACACUUCUAACUGGUCAGCGCUGCCGGUUCCAAGGAAUGCAGUGCUCUGGCAAUAGUCUUUUAAGAGUCUUCCUGCCUCUUGGCGACUUGGCAGAUUGGUGGUGGUUAACAGCUAAGGUUUAUUGAGCAUCUACUGUGUGCCAGGACUGUGCUGAGGGCUUAUCUACACUGUAUGAUUUCAUUAUGUCUGCACCCUUUGAUGUGAAUACGGUUGUGUCCUAUCCCUGUCUUAUAGAUGAGGCAACUGUGUAUAGGUUAGGUACGUCGCCCAAGGACACAGAAUUUGUAGGAGGUGGAACUGUGAUUUGAACCUGUUCUAACAAAUUCUAAGCUGGUGCCUUUUCGGCAUCAAGGGGAUUCCACCGUGCUAUUUAGGGGGGUCUGGGCCAGAGGCGCUUGAGGUUCAUUUUACUAGAAGGUUCUGUGACUAGGGAAAAGGAUGCCUUCUUCCCAUAGAGGCAGUGAAGAGGAUAGGUAGCCCAGGGGCCCAGCUGAGGGGCGCUGCUAGAAUGCCAAGGGAUAGAAACCUGAAGGAGAAGGCAGGGUUGUCAGUGUGCGUCACCCCACAGGUCGGCCAACAACCGCUGUUCUGUGAAGACCCCUAGGCCCGUGGGGAUAGAUGCAGAGCGGUCAGGGAGCGUCGCCGUCGCCGGGUUCUGCGGCGUAGCCAGAGGACGGAACAGCGCGCCGGUCCCUGGCCGGGCGCGAGCUGGGGGCGGCACCGGGGCGGCGCCGACUGAGAGGCGCGCACUCAGGCGGCUGCGGCAGUUGCGCGCUUGGGAUUGUUGCCGUACGGUUGGGCCGAAUUCAGCCAUAUAAUUAAAAUGACAACCUCCUGGAGUGAUCGCUUACAGAAUGUAGCAGAUAUGCCAGCUAACAUGGAUAAGCAUGCCCUGAAAAAAUAUCGUCGUGAAGCCUAUCAUCGGGUAUUUGUGAACCGAAGUUUAGCCAUGGAGAAAAUAAAGUGUUUUGGUUUUGAUAUGGAUUAUACCCUUGCUGUUUACAAGUCCCCGGAGUAUGAGUCUCUUGGCUUUGAGCUUACCGUGGAAAGAUUAGUUUCUAUUGGCUAUCCCCAGGAGCUGCUCAGUUUUGCUUAUGAUUCUACAUUCCCUACCAGGGGACUUGUCUUUGAUACACUAUAUGGAAAUCUUUUGAAAGUCGAUGCCUAUGGAAACCUCUUGGUCUGUGCACAUGGAUUUAACUUCAUAAGGGGUUCUCAGAUAGCUGCUCAGAAGAGACCAGAAACUAGAGAGCAGUAUCCAAAUAAAUUUAUCCAACGAGAUGACACUGAAAGAUUUUACAUUCUGAACACAUUAUUCAACCUACCAGAGACCUACCUGUUGGCCUGCCUAGUAGAUUUUUUUACUAAUUGUCCCAGAUAUACCAGCUGUGAAACAGGAUUUAAAGACGGAGAUCUCUUCAUGUCCUACCGGAGUAUGUUCCAGGAUGUAAGAGAUGCUGUUGAUUGGGUUCAUUAUAAGGGCUCCCUUAAGGAAAAGACAGUUGAAAAUCUUGAGAAGUAUGUAGUCAAAGAUGGAAAACUGCCUUUGCUUCUGAGCCGGAUGAAGGAAGUAGGGAAAGUAUUUCUUGCCACCAACAGUGACUAUAAGUAUACAGACAAAAUCAUGACUUACCUGUUUGAUUUCCCACAUGGCCCCAAGCCUGGUAGCUCCCACCGACCAUGGCAAUCCUACUUUGACCUGAUCUUGGUGGAUGCACGGAAACCGCUCUUUUUUGGAGAGGGCACAGUACUGCGUCAGGUGGAUACUAAAACUGGCAAGCUAAAAAUUGGUACCUAUACAGGACCCCUACAGUAUGGCAUCGUCUACUCAGGAGGUUCUUCUGAUACGAUCUGUGAUCUGUUGGGAGCCAAGGGAAAAGAUAUUUUAUAUAUUGGAGAUCACAUUUUUGGGGACAUUUUAAAAUCAAAGAAACGGCAAGGGUGGCGAACUUUCUUGGUGAUUCCUGAACUUGCACAGGAGCUGCAUGUCUGGACUGACAAGAGUUCACUUUUUGAAGAGCUUCAGAGCUUGGAUAUUUUUUUGGCUGAACUCUACAAGCACCUUGACAGCAGUAGCAAUGAGCGCCCAGACAUUAGUUCCAUUCAGAAGCGGAUUAAGAAAGUAACUCAUGACAUGGACAUGUGCUAUGGGAUGAUGGGAAGCCUGUUUCGCAGUGGCUCCCGGCAGACUCUCUUUGCCAGUCAAGUAAUGCGUUAUGCUGACCUGUACGCAGCAUCUUUCAUCAACCUGCUGUAUUACCCCUUCAGCUACCUCUUCAGAGCUGCUCAUGUCUUGAUGCCUCACGAGUCAACGGUGGAGCAUACCCACGUGGAUAUCAAUGAGAUGGAAUCUCCCCUGGCCACCCGGAACCGCACAUCAGUAGAUUUCAAAGAUACCGACUACAAGCGGCACCAGCUAACACGGUCGAUUAGUGAGAUUAAACCCCCCAAUCUCUUCCCACUGGUCCCCCAGGAGAUUACACACUGCCAUGAUGAAGAUGAUGAUGAAGAGGAGGAAGAAUAAAGAGGAAAAUCAAAAUCCUGAGCACCUAUUAAACAAGUUCUGGUAGGACUUAACAGAAGCAGAGGAUGUCCCUGUUUGGGGUGGGGGGUUCCAUCAAAGGUACAUCUGUAAAGUUUCUGAAGACUUUAAAAUAUUCUCAUCAUAGAGGGAUACCUGUUUAGUUUUGUGUAUCUGUACUCUGUGCAGAUGAUUCAAAAUUGUAUAGGAGUCUAUUAUGGAAGGGUAAAAUCAGGCUGAACUGCAUGCAGAAAUGGCUCCGUUGUGGCUUGUGACACUGUCUCUUAUCAGUAUGUCAUAGUGAAUCUGGAUAUAUCUAAGGGGGUGAAGGGUCUCGGAGUGAAACGAGGACAAUGGGAAGAGGUGAUCGAAAAUGCUAUAACUUCAACUUUUUCAGUGCAUUAUGCAGUAUUGUAUGUCAAUAGAGGAAAAAUACUGUUUCCAUUAUCAAAUGUAGCCUUCUGUUAAAGGCUUGUAAAAGGACAUUUGACCUUAAGUAUCUUCAGUGACUCUGGCAAGGCUACUUCUCUAGCAGCACCUUUGCAGAACCAUUCCCUUCUUGCUUCAGGGCUGGAUUAGACCGUAAGGACUGUUUUGAGGGAAAAGACUGCAUCUUUUCUACUUAUUUUUUAUCCACACCAAUCUUUUUCUCAUCCAUUGUAAAUCUAUAGAAAGAAUUUAGUUGAAAGAAUAAAGGAGCAAGGAAAAAAGAAACCUCCUUACAUUACAGUCUAUAGUUGUGGUUCAUGCUACCCAAUUCCAAUUUCUGCCCAGUAGGGUUUAUUGUCAUAUUUUAAAAUUGAGCACUGAAGGAUGGAAGAGGACUCUGUAAGCCAGAAUGUUACUAAAUUCACUUCAGAAUCCCAAGUAAAAUCACAUCUUGUUUUGAACAAGAAUGAAUCCAUACUAUAUAUGUUAGGGUGUUAUAACUGCCUUGUACAGUGAAAAUCGUUCAACACUUUUAACAGUGGUGUUUACUCUUAAUUUAAGCUUCAUAUAUUUUCUUCCAUUCUUAUUGUCAUUGGUCAUCAGGGGAGGGGUAGAUUAGCUGCUCUAAGGUUCAAUAAAGUGUGAUAUUUCUAAUACUGACUUUGAUUGGUCUUU